AUGCUCUUGACUCGUCCUUUGACGAUGCUUAAAGGUGUUCAGCAUGGCCUGAAACAGCUGGGAGCUUUCCAAUGUCGAUCCAUAUCCAUUUUAUCACAGUUGCAGCCUUCUGAGGGCUCGACCAAGAAAUACAAAAGAGUCGGUCGUGGUCCCUCUUCAGGUAAGGGUAAGACGUCAGCAAGGGGUCAAAAGGGUCAAAAAGCUCGUGGAAAGGUCAAGUCCUGGUUUGAAGGUGGCCAAACGCCUAUCUACAAGCUUUUCCCAAAAAUUGGGUUCACCAACGUCACAUCGCUGAAGUUGAACGAACUGAACCUAGACCGAGUGAUGUGGUUCCACCGUAAGGGCCGCUUGAAUUUGGGGCCCAACGAAGUUUUAAAUAUGAAGAAAAUGAAACAGCUGGGGCUUGUUACAGGAUCCAUCAAGGACGGAAUCAAGGUUCUGGGCGACGGCAAAGAGAAUUACAACCUUCCGCUCAAGAUUGAGGCUACGAGAGCCUCCGAAAGCGCCAUUAAAGCCAUUGAACGUGCCGGGGGAGAGUUCACUGCAAGAUAUUUCAACAAGCUGGGAUUGAGGGUGCAUUUGAGUCCGCAGUGGUUCUUGGAAAAGCGCGGACGCAUUCCACUGCAGGCAAGACCUGUCAAGAGAAAGGAUAUUGACUACUACAGCAAUCCAAGCAAGUCGGGGUAUUUGACAAAGGAGAGCGAUCUUUUCAUGCAACAGAUUCAGCAGGCCAGGGCAGGUGGCCACCAGAACCUGGCUCGCAAAGCUGCUAAGAAAACUGCUCUGGAGUUGCAACUGGAGAAUGUUGAUGCCAUAAAACCGGCUCAGACAGUCAAGUCCCAGAUCAUAUUUGUGGAACAGCUAGGAAACUAG